AUGAAGAACCGCAUCAGAUUUUCUUGGUUUGUAAAGAAGGACACUAAGCUUAGAAAGCGCUCGGGGUUACCAGUGAAUCCCAACCCGCCUCCUUUGACAUCACCAUCAACAGCUCCUGCCGAGAGCCAGGUAACUAUUGCCACAGUGCCUCUUGCCCCGGCCAAAGAACCAAGUCAGGCUCCUGAUCCAGACAAAGAACCAAGUCAGGUCCCUGAUCUAGGCAAAGAAUCGAGCCAAAAUGAAAUGCCAUUGGAUUGUAUGUGGGCCGAGGCCGCCAAAGAAUUCGAACGCAUUUGCGGAGAUUCACUGAGUAACGGUGAUAUAAAAAACUUUGACGAUGUCAAAAAACAGAUUGAGCAACAAAAUCUAUCUUUUACCGAAGCCGACGCCGAUUCAAAAACCAAGUGGGAAAAGGCGAAAGGCAUGGGACUUGAGACUCUCAAGUACUUGGGGGCCAUUCUCCCGGCCGCCUCAAUUGCCGGAUCAUUGGCAAUCACAAGCAAAGCACUGGGCCUUGUUCUAAACAUUCCACAGCAAAAUCACGAUUAUGCUGAAGCAGUGGACAAAGUCUUCCGAGAGGUUUCGACUGCUCUUUCAGAGUUUGAUCUCUACCGCAAGGUUAAUCACACGCCGCUAUUGAGGGAGAUACACGAAGUGCUUAGGUGUUUGGUGAAGCUCUGCGCUGUGGUUGUAAAACACAAGCAAGGUGGCCGAGCAGAAGCUGCUCUGAAAGCUUUUAAUCGCUCCUUGGGUGUCGACAACGAGCUACAACAGCAACUUGUCGAAUUCAGACUGGCUAUGCAGAACAAGAACCAAAAGCAAACAACGGUGAUGUUUGUUAAUUUGGAAAAAGUGAAAGAGGAUGCUGGACAAACCAAGGAUAUGGCCAAGGCUACAUAUGUCGAGCAACACCGACCGAAGAUCCUACGCAAAAUUGGCGAGUAUCUUGAUGUACCGCCAACAGUCAACAUUGACACUACAUCUACUCAGACCCGUAAGAACAUCUCGGAUAAAUGUUUCAAAAACACUGGUCAAUGGAUUUGGAAACACGAAGACUAUCGCAUUUGGAUUGGAAAGGAUGAUGCGGUGAUGAGGAGAAGUAUGCCGCACGCUCUUCUUGUCUUGGGUGCUCAGUCAACCGGCAAAACAUGUACAUGUGCCCAGAUCACACGAAAUCUGGAAGGAAAGGGUGAUAAAGAUCGGGUUUACGUUGCGCACUACUUCUUCCCCGCUACUGUUGCUGUCAAGAAGGAAAGUGACAGUGAUACGAAUAAGGACACGAUUUCAUGGGCCUUCAGAUAUAUGGCCUUCCAGAUUGCUCGCGUCGACGCAACAGUGCGGAGCUUUUUAGAAAAAGCCUGUGAUAACGAAAGUGUUGCAUUUCGUCAGAAUAUGGGGUCCUCAGAAGAGGAGCUGUGUAACCUCUGGGCAAGUUUCGGUAUUGGAGCGUCAGGAUCAAACGCUACCUAUUAUCUUGUUUUUGAUGGUCUUGAAAACCUCCCCGACGCUGAAUUCAAUGCGCUUAUUGGAUUUGUUCAAAAGGUCGACUCGGGGAAAACAUCGACAAGAAAUUUACGCAUUCUGUUGAGUGGUAAGACAGAACAGUUCAGUGGCAAAGGAAUAUUUGAGAAGGCAUUGAAGAUUCGAAUGGGGGUUGACAGCCAGGAAGACAUGCAACCUAUCAUCAAGAAAGAGCUUGAACUGAGGAAAGUAUUGCUGAACUACAGAAAUGACCAGAAGCAAGGUGAUGCAAUGAUGCUCAUAUUGGAUACACUGCCUUCCAAGGUCUAUGGAAACUAUGCUGAACUUCAGCUAUGGCUCACUCGUAUAACAGAGGCGGUCAACUCUUACGCCUCCUUCGACAGUCUCAUUGAACUGUUGAACGGACCAACAAGAGUUUAUGAAGCAGUUAUUGAGUCUUUAGAAAGGACAUUGACAGCCAAAGAGAUUGACCAGCUAAAUGAACUCCUCAAACACGUCAUAUUCAGGAGAUUCGCUCCAAGCUUGAAACAACUCGAAGCCGUUAUGUCACUUCACUUAGAGGACGUAGUGUCGGUUGAAGGUCUUGAUACCAUGAUCAGACACAAGUACUCAUCUGUCUUGAAGAUCGAAUCUGAUAUAGUGACAGUUGAGGAGGGAUUCCGGGAUUACCUCGCUGAGGAAGCAGAGAAGGCGUCGAACGGUAAAAGCUCGCCCGAUGAUGCCCCUUCAACAAUCAGCAUGACUCUUACACUAAACCAUGUUGACCGUCAGCGGGCUGCCGAAUACUUUUGGAAUCUCACUCAGAUGGCAAUGCAACCAAACUUCACAUUUGACUCGAGGAACAAUAACCAAAGACAAGGUCGAAUUGCUGUUGACGCGUUCGAGGCGCACCUCAACAUUGUUAACCAGACUUUCAAGGUUUUAGAAAGCAAGCGGGUAGUUGAGCAUCAGACAAACAACAGCUAUCUUGUCGCAUGGUUACCGUACCACCUUGAUCGGUUACGAGAGCUUGAAAACGAAAGUGUUCGGGGAGUUCUGCUCGCUCAACAACAGCGUAAGAUUGGAGAAAAACUGUAUGAUUUGUUCACAAAUGAUUCAGUGUUCCAACAGCACAAAGCGACUUUUGAACAGGCAUAUUGGGUGGUUCCUGAGAUGAAAUCCAUGCAAGAAUGGUUGAUGGACCCAACUGUGAGAAGACGAGACAAAGACUGGCUCAAGAAUGUCCUUUCCGCACCCAGUCUGACGCAAGGUUAUCUUAAAGGGUUCACCACUUGGAUAGUCACAGAGUUCGUAAGGAACAGGACAUGGGAGGUAUCAAUGGCGUACCGUUGGAUUGAGGAACUGAUGGACGCAGAUACAGAAACAGAAUGGUUCGGGGAGGAUGAAAUUGACGCUGCGUUUAGUAACGAAUGGUUUCGAGUGAGCGAAUGGUGUUGGAGGGCUCUCGGCAUGCCAGCAGAAUGCCCCGAUUCACUUUGGUAUGAGCGCCUCGCCAAAACCGCAUCAAUGGAUGAUGAUGGUGAUCUGGAGACAUCUCUGUCGAUCUAUCAGUGUGCUAUACGCCAGGCGAAUCCAAGCUGGCUGUGUUAUCGAGAUACUGGCGUCAUCCACCACAGACAAGGUCAGGUGAAAAAAGCCAUUGAUGAAGUCGAGAUGGCUCUGCGCGAGGCAGAGAAAUCAGGCGCGCAGCCCGAGCCAAGCUCAGGUGAUAUCGCGCAGCUCAACUUACUUCUCGGUCACUAUGCAUACGAGACCGAGGAAAUGGAAAGCGCCAAAGAAUACUACACAUCAGCAUGCAACAAGGGGGAUACCAAGCAAGUCAUGGAAGGAUUGUUAGGCUGCCUCAAGAUCAACCUCAACACUCUUUGUGCCGAAGAAACGAGGAAUUGGCUUCGUGACAGGCUUUCUGGGGACGUUCAUCAAGGGGAGAUGGAUGGUGUUCUACAACUGAUGACCCAGGAUCCAGAUCACAACGACCUUUUCCACAUGCUAUUCUCUAUUCUCAACAACGAUGACGAUUUACUGAAGAAAAUAGUGACCAUUAUGAUACGUGGCUCACAUGGAUUCGGAACACUGAACACUGGCGCAAUUAAUACUUCCGGAUUGGCGAACGGCCGAAGUGAAGUGGGAGCGGAUGGCAUAUUGCUUUACUAUGCAGGUGUUGCAGCGCAUAUGUACAAGCAACUGUCAAAUGGCCCGGAGUCUGUCUUUGAAACUACCACUCUUUGGACAUGCAGCCGCAAAGAACUGGAAAACGUUCGCAGUGACAACGCUAUACUUGUCCGAUCCAACGCAUCAACAGCAUUGGCACGCCAUUACUUCCAGCUUCUACUCAGCAAUGACAAACCGGAUUACAUUCGACAACUCGAAAAGUUGAAACCGGACGACAGGAAAUCUGACGACGUGUACGACAAUGAUGAGAUUGUCGGGUGGCUGGUUGCAAUUCACACCAUUCGUGAGAGAAAAAAGGAUGCUAAAAAACUAUUGAAAUCGAGGUUGACAAAAGCCAUUUCGAUUCUCUCAGACGACAUUCCCGAAAACGAUUUCAUCGGUCUCUCUAGAAUCCACAAGGCUACUGGAGCAUGCCAGGACCUGAAUAAUGCGGCCAUCGCCCUUUCUCUGAUGGGGCAACCGGACGUGGUCGAAUGUGCUUUGCGUUUGAAGGAUAAAGACAUCGAUGUACCAAAGGGAAUAAGCAAAGAGCGGGCAUUGGAAUCGUACAAGCGUGUGACCAAAAAUAUAAUAAGUGUCAUGAGGAUGACUGUGCCUAAUGCCGCAGAACAAAAUCUACGGAUAUAUGUGGCUAAGCGGUUCAUUGAGCUUUACAUUAAAAACACCACGGAAGCUCCGAAGGCCUCUGACAACAAGGAAGAUCCAAGCGAUGUCGAAGUCGCAAAAUUCGUCGCUUCUGAGUUGAUUAAAUACCGCCUGGAUCAAAUAGAUGUCAAAGAUCUUGGCGUGCCCAAUACUUGGUCCUGCGAUGGCCGCACCGACGAUGGCAAAGAAUGCAAGAAACAGUUGGGCUUUGAUGAGCACUUUUAUCAUUGCCUUUACUGUUGGCAACGCGACUUUUGUCAAGACUGUUUCGGUCGCCUUCGCGACUCCGAUUCUAAUGUUAUCACGGUGUGCAACGGAGGACACAAGUGGCUACUUACACCUCGACUAGGCUGGAGCACCUAUGUAGGACAACGAGCAAAGACUGUAAGGGUACCAAGAAGCGUUGAACCUAUCGAAGGUGAUAGUCAAGUCUUGUUCGCUCGGUAUGAUGACAACUUUGGCGCGGAAAUGACGGUAAAAGAAUGGAUAGACAGUAUUAGAAACGAGUAUCUGAAAGAUUGA